AACUUGACCCGGAGCACUAUCCAAACGCCCGACGGGUUUACCGUCGCGCGGGUGAACGUACAGCGCGGGGCGGUGUGAGGUCUUUGAAGGGAGUUUGGCUUCAAGGACCGGCCGCGCCGCGGAGGUGCAGCCCUCGCGGGGGAGCCCCUUCAAGGAACUGGCGAGCGGGUGGACGGCGCUGGAGGUGCUUGGGGCGUUUGAAAUCGAGCCGGACGACGCUGACGCGCGGGCGUACGUACUGCCCCAGGGGCAGGGCGCUGCUGUGCUGCUUUCUCCUACCGAGAUACGGCACACCUCGCCGGAGAGGUUCCGGGCGAGCGCGUGGGCCGAUUUGGUCUACCGGCUGGAUUCGUUUCGCCCGGUGUCGGCUCGGAUGCUAGUGGGCCACGAAGGUCCAGCGGGCUCCGGUAAGAGCGUCGCGAUGGCCAAGGCGUUGGAGUCCGGGCGGGGAGUGCGUUACGUCGUCACGCCUACGCGGUUCUUGCUGCGGAGCCUCGUGGAAACUUGGAGGAAGUUCGGGAAGCGGGGCGCGACGCUGGUAGUCGCCGCCACAGAUA